UGUUCAGGCACAUGAUCUAAAUUGAAUACUAAAUAUUUUAUAAUUCACGUGGAAGCAAAGAUAAGCCUUUAAGCUUAUCUCAGCUCCAGUCCUGCUACAGCAUUGCAAAGAAAUACAUACCGAGGUGAAUCUGACGUUAGCUCUUCCGCAUGCAAACACAAGCAUGGGGAAACAAAUACUCAACAUUUGGAACGGAAUCUUGUUUAUAAGUGUGUUCAUUGUUGGUGACAAUGAUGCCGCAAAUUCCUGUCCCAGUCUCCCAAUCACAUAUGCUUCGGACGGCGAUAACGUUACUCUCUGCUGGCGAAUUACAGUCAACGCUAGUAGUGUGAACCGCUAUAUUAUCAAGGCAUUGAAAAGGCCAAUCCAAACCAACAUGGAUGAAGUCGCCUCUGCAAAUGGGACAGGACAUUUUGAAAAGGUAUACGCUAAAGAUCAUGACGGCUUGUACCUCAACAAAGUUACCGUCUUCGCCGAUUUAUCUGCGGGAAUGUUGUACCUCAGAAUCAAAAACUACACCAGAAAGAUGGACAAUGUCUACUGUGUGUUGUACAAUAUUUCAGACGGUCCUCCUUUAGAAGCGUGUCACUCUCAAGCGCUGUUACUUCGAAAUGUUGACCACCGUGAAUCCCCAGUACAAACUACCACAACGAUGACCACAGAAACCACCUCGAAAACUACCACGGCAAAUAUCACCACGGCGACUAUCACCACGGCGACUAUCGCCACAGCACCCGCAACUGAAAAUACAGAAAUCACAGAGGUGACAACUGAAGGUUCACCUACUGUCCAGCCUUACAGAACGGCUUUGAUAAUCAUGAGCUGUUUGUUUGCUAUUGCUCUCAUUCUUGCCAUUUUUGGUUUCGUUUUGUGUUGCUGUGCAAGAAAAUCCCAUCAAGCCAACUUAAAAUCCGACAUCCUCGAAGAAACUGAGUCCCUUUAGCUGCAAAUUGAUUCUUAUUUGUUCUUUAAGCUGCAGUAGGUUAAAAUGAAAUCAAGAGCUACGGAAGAGAGAAACAAGUAUUAGAUCCUGAGACUUACAGAAAUAUUUAUCUCAUGAGCUAUUUGGUCAGACAAUGCGGCAAAUUCUUAUUCUGCAACUUUGUAUAUCGCCUUAGCGGAAAAAAAUCAGCUUUUAGAUUCAGGGUGGACGCUUAAAAUAUGCAUUUCAUUGAGACUAACUUGGUUUAGAACUGGUUGUUGCGGUUUGUCGUGGUUUGUUCAAUGUUUAAACAUUGACCUCCAAUUUGCGCCAAAGUAUGUUCGAAUAUUGGCCUGCAGACUUCAUCUCUUCUGAGGAGCCGGCAGUUUUCCGAGAGCGAAGCUUGAGGAAACACGAACUUCAAGAAACAGAUGAUGUCCACGGACAAAUAUACGAGCAUAUUUGCGAGCCAAAUGGAGGCUGAACGGUGUUUAUCAUCCUUCAUAUGUUUCUGCUGCGCGCAAGACAGAAUGUGACAAAUGACUCACCGUCAAAACUUUUACAGCGAACGAUUUGUUUCUUCAGUUUCCUUGCUUUUGAACAAAACGAAGAAGUUUAUUGUAUUGAGCAUCAAGUUUAACAAUUUUGCCAUAUCAUCAAUUAAAGUUUUAAAUAUUGA